AUGCGCAGGAGAGCCCCGUGUGCCCUACCUCCACUACCACGGCCGCCGGGAUGGCGAUACCGCCAUAGUGCCCGGAUGUAACAGCCGAAGCGUCAGGUUCGCCCCCUCCCCUUUCGAACCUGUAUAUAGCGCAGCCAGCUUCUCCGGGUUGGGCGACACCAUUUGGGGGGAGUGCGGGAGGGGGGAAGGCUACACGUCGUGAACGCUGCGCUCCGCUGGCGGAGGCCGCAUCCUAUCCACCCCGCGGAAGGAAACCGGCAAGCUGGUCGGCUGGCUGUUUGGAUUUGCUUUUCAGGUCUUUGUUGUUCCGGCGUUUCUGGGAAGGCAUCCCUACGGCCUCGGGUUCCCCGGGUUAUUGGCGUCAGCGACCCUCCCGGUGUUGUCGCUGCACCGCAAGGGACACCCCCACCCCGGCGAGCUGAGUAACAAUGAGCAAUUCAAGGAACAACCGAGUGAUGGUGGAGGGCGUCGGUGCCCGCGUCGUGCGGGGCCCCGACUGGAAAUGGGGCAAGCAGGAUGGCGGCGAGGGCCACGUGGGCACUGUGCGCAGUUUCGAAAGCCCCGAGGAGGUAGUGGUGGUCUGGGACAACGGCACGGCCGCCAAUUACCGCUGCUCGGGAGCCUACGACCUGCGCAUCCUCGACAGCGCGCCCACAGGUAUUAAACAUGAUGGGACUAUGUGCGAUACUUGUCGCCAGCAACCAAUAAUUGGUAUUCGAUGGAAAUGUGCGGAAUGUACAAAUUAUGAUUUAUGCACAGUAUGUUAUCAUGGGGAUAAACAUCAUCUAAGACACCGCUUUUACAGAAUAACCACACCUGGAAGUGAAAGGGUAUUACUGGAAUCUCGCCGUAAAUCAAAGAAAAUUACUGCAAGAGGAAUCUUUACAGGUGCCAGAGUGGUACGAGGAGUUGAUUGGCAAUGGGAAGAUCAGGAUGGUGGCAAUGGACGCAGGGGCAAAGUAACUGAAAUCCAAGAUUGGAGUGCAUCAAGUCCACAUAGUGCAGCAUAUGUUUUAUGGGACAAUGGAGCUAAAAACCUUUACAGAGUUGGCUUUGAGGGCAUGUCAGACCUUAAAUGUGUCCAGGAUUCAAAAGGAGGAUCCUUCUAUCGAGAUCACUGUCCUGUGCUUGGAGAACAGAAUGGCAACAGAAAUCCUGGUGGUUUACAGAUUGGUGAUCUAGUAAACAUUGAUCUUGACUUAGAAAUUGUUCAGUCAUUGCAACAUGGUCAUGGAGGAUGGACUGAUGGAAUGUUUGAAACCUUAACAACUACUGGCACAGUUUGUGGAAUAGAUGAAGAUCAUGACAUUGUUGUACAAUAUCCAAGUGGGAAUAGAUGGACCUUUAACCCUGCUGUUCUUACUAAAGCCAAUGUUGUCCGAAGUGGAGAUGGUGUGCAAGGUGCUGAAGGUGGUGCUUCACAAUUUCAAGUGGGUGAUCUUGUCCAAGUUUGUUAUGACUUAGAAAGAAUUAAGUUGCUUCAAAGGGGACAUGGUGAAUGGGCUGAAGCAAUGCUUCCUACCCUAGGUAAAGUUGGAAGGGUCCAGCAGAUCUACUCGGAUAGUGACUUAAAAGUAGAGGUUUGUGGAACGUCUUGGACAUACAAUCCAGCUGCUGUGUCAAAGGUAGCCUCCGCAGGAUCAGCUAUAAGCAAUGCAUCUGGUGAGAGAUUGUCCCAGUUGCUGAAAAAAUUAUUUGAAACUCAAGAAUCUGGGGAUCUUAAUGAGGAGCUGGUUAAAGCAGCUGCUAAUGGGGAUGUAGCAAAAGUGGAAGAUUUGCUUAAAAGACCUGAUGUGGAUGUGAAUGGACAAUGCGCUGGACACACUGCUAUGCAGGCUGCAAGUCAAAAUGGACAUGUCGACAUUUUGAAAUUGCUUCUGAAACAGAAUGUGGAUGUAGAAGCAGAGGACAAAGAUGGAGACAGGGCUGUUCAUCAUGCAGCCUUUGGUGAUGAAGGAGCUGUGAUAGAAGUUUUACAUAGAGGCAGUGCAGAUCUCAAUGCUCGCAAUAAGCGUAGACAGACACCACUUCAUAUUGCUGUGAAUAAAGGUCAUCUCCAAGUUGUGAAGACGUUACUGGACUUUGGUUGCCAUCCUAGUCUCCAGGAUUCUGAGGGUGAUACUCCUCUGCAUGACGCAAUAAGCAAAAAGCGUGAUGACAUUUUAGCAGUCCUUCUGGAAGCUGGAGCAGAUGUCACUAUUACAAAUAACAAUGGAUUUAAUGCUCUUCAUCAUGCUGCAUUACGGGGAAAUCCAAGUGCAAUGCGAGUGUUACUGUCUAAGCUUCCAAGACCAUGGAUUGUAGAUGAAAAAAAAGAUGAUGGAUACACUGCUUUGCAUUUGGCAGCACUUAAUAAUCAUGUGGAAGUAGCAGAACUUUUGGUUCAUCAGGGCACAGCUAACUUGGAUAUUCAGAAUGUAAAUCAACAAACUGCACUGCACCUUGCUGUUGAAAGACAGCACACUCAAAUAGUGCGGCUUCUAGUUCGUGCGGGCGCUAAAUUGGAUAUUCAGGAUAAAGAUGGGGAUACUCCCUUGCAUGAGGCCCUGCGACAUCAUACUUUGUCGCAGCUUCGCCAGCUCCAAGACAUGCAAGAUGUGGGCAAGGUAGAUACAGCUUGGGAGCCCUCCAAGAAUACAUUGAUAAUGGGAUUGGGGACUCAGGGAGCAGAGAAGAAAAGUGCAGCAUCUAUUGCUUGUUUCCUGGCAGCCAAUGGAGCUGACCUUGGUAUUCGUAACAAGAAGGGCCAGUCACCGCUUGACCUAUGUCCUGAUCCUAGCCUCUGUAAAGCAUUGGCUAAAUGCCACAAAGAAAAAAUCAGUGGGCAGGUUGGUUCCCGGAGUCCUUCUAUGAUCAGCAAUGAUUCCGAAACCUUAGAAGAAUGUAUGGUAUGUUCUGACAUGAAGAGAGAUACUCUAUUUGGGCCAUGUGGGCACAUUGCUACUUGUUCCUUGUGUUCACCAAGAGUCAAGAAAUGCCUCAUUUGCAAAGACCAUGUUCAAUCAAGAACAAAGAUUGAAGAAUGUGUUGUAUGCUCAGAUAAAAAAGCUGCAGUACUCUUUCAGCCUUGUGGACACAUGUGUGCUUGUGAAAAUUGUGCCAGCCUUAUGAAAAAAUGUGUGCAAUGUCGGGCAGUGGUAGAACGAAGAGUUCCUUUUAUUAUGUGCUGUGGUGGGAAAGGUACCGAAGAAACCAUAGAUGACAUUACAAGUGGAAACAUUCCUGUUAUGCAGAAGGAUAAGGAUAAUACUAAUGUCAAUGCUGACGUGCAGAAAUUACAGCAGCAGUUGCAAGACAUAAAGGAACAGACCAUGUGCCCUGUAUGCUUGGACCGCCUGAAGAAUAUGAUCUUUCUCUGCGGUCAUGGAACCUGUCAGCUUUGUGGGGAUCGAAUGAGUGAAUGUCCUAUCUGUCGAAAGGCUAUUGAACGAAGAAUUCUUUUGUAUUAAAAUGUCAAGGGUCUUAUGCUUGUGACAUUAUGAUUACAUUUUGCUUUUUGGAUCCCCAUAAAUUAGUAUGAAAGGUAGUUGUAAAGAUAUGUCUAGCAUUACAGGAAGAGUUACAUUGUAAAUGCUGAUGUCUACAACACAGAUUAUUAUUUGCACAAUCAACUUCUACCAUGAAGAAAUUUAAAGUAAGAUUGGAUUACUUAUCAACACAGUUUGUUUAUAUCUUCUUCUCCAGAACCCCUUUAUGUUAAAGGGAUAAUCCUGAUUUUCUAGCUUGGCAUUUUUGUUUUACACGUAGACUCUUAAUUUCAAUGAUAUUAAUUUUUAUAAUGUCAGUUGCUUUUGUGUACAAAUAUUUUUAAUUUUCUAAUUUUCAUAGUAAUAAUGUCGGUCAAACUACAACAACAAGCUAAAGAAUCUAGCUAAGUUGAGGAAUUAAAACAUUUGACAUAAUAACUAAAUAGCAUUUCAGUAUUACAUAUUGCCUUUAAAAUCUGAAAGCUGAUAAUUCUGCAUGGUCAGUGGGUUUAUGUUGUUGUUUUUUAAGAAAAAGGAGAUCAAAAGUAAUUUAGCAUGCAUUCUCAUGACAUAUUGAUCCUUCUAUAAUUUUCUAUUAGAAAUACUUUUUCCAGAACUCAGGGAAAUUCCAGAUGUGUUUGAAAACAAUACAGGCUGUUACUAGUAAUAAAAAGAGAACUGUGCAAGCAAACUCUUACGCUUGAAGGCUAUUUUGAAUCUCACCUGAUGAACCAAUGUUUAGGACAGUGACAAAAUAUAUUAUAUUAUUUGCAUAGUUAUUGUUUUAAAGAUGCUUUCUGGCUACAGGGUUAUAUCCAUAAUUUGUCAUAUUUAGACUUUGUUUUAAGUCAAUGAAUAUUGAAUUAGUUAAAAAUUAUAGUAAGUCUAGUUAACUACUUUGCAAAAAGCAAAUAUAUAUCAAGAUUAUAUAACAACUGUAGCAAGAAUGUUCAUUAUUUUUGCAAAUGUCACAAUAUUUGUCAUCUGCCUUUACUAUCAAUCCCUCUGGGAUUUGAGAUAAUUCCGUUAAUAUCUUCAUUUUAAUAGAAAUAUGGAAGGACUUAAGACAUGUUUUGAAUACUCCGUGGUAUGAUAAAUUGGAACACCAAAUAUUAAAUUACUUUCUAAAGAUGAUGCAUGAUUUUUACAUUUGUAACUGACAGAAGUGCCAGUUCUUGUAUUUAUCAUCAGUGAAUUCUUAUAAGCAUAUGAGUUGCUUUUCCUCUUAAUUAUUUAAGAAAAUUGCUUGUGGGAGUAUUGGAUAUUUGGUGAAAUUACCAAUCUUUGCCAAGUUUUUUUUGUAUGUUUAGUUGCUACUGCUACUACUGCAGAUUGCAUUGUAGCAGUGUUGAUCAUGUAUUAUACCAACUUUUCCUGGCCCAGGAACCUACCUGUAUCUCUAAUUUUAUUUUAUUUUUUUUAAAAAUCUUUUUCUUAAAGCAUAUAAGCCUGAAAGUAGGCACAUUAUUUCUCUGUUAGGGUUACACUACCACACUGUUUUCAGCAUUUUCCUCCUAAAAUUUCUCUGGGCUUAAUAUUUUGGUUCUGCCCUUUCCAGGAAUGAUGUUUGUCUAUUUCUGCAACCCUUGGAGGGCAAGGUUUUCUCUUUUUUUUUAAGUUAUCCUUUCCUGAUAUAUUGUAGAACACUACACCAAUAUAUAGUUGUAGAGAUUCAUUUAGUAAAAUGUCUCAUAUAUUGACAAUAUUUUUGGUAAUGAAAGUGUUUUAAGACUUAACUUUUGAAACUGCCAGAUAUCCAGAUUUCUGUAUUGGUAUAAUGAAAUUUGCAUACAUACAAAUUUGGAAUAAACACUUGAGUAUAUUAUGCUUAAUUCUUAAUAAACAUAGAUAAGAAUGACAUGAUUUUGCAGCAUAACCUUCUUUUAGCUGCAUUAACAUUAUUGGCCCUUUGGAACUUAAUUAUAUUAGUUUAAAAGGAAGCAUAAAAAGAAAUUGGUUUGGGAAUGAAGUAUAAAUCUGUUAAAUCAGUGAACAAACCAAACAGAAACCACUGUUUUAAGUUGGUGGUUAUAAUCACUGUAAUAUUUCUUUAUUGCUGUUCCUUCAUAGCCCUUGCCAGGAUUUGAUUGGGAAUUUUUUUACAACUGUGCUUGGGAAAGG